AUGAUUUCAACAAUAAACACAUUAGGACUUGAUUAUAUGACGUUUGGAAAUCAUGAAUUUGAUUUAACUGAGGAAAAGUUAUUUACUCGUAUCAAUGAAUCAGUAUUUACCUGGAUAAGUUCAAAUGUAUUUCGUGUCCAUAAAUUUCUUCCAUUUGGAUCAAAUAUUUCACAUAAAAUAGUCACCAUCGAUGGUGUUAGAAUUCUUUUAAUCGGUUUGACGAUCAAUGAACCUGUCGAUUAUGUUCGAUUCGUUGAUCAGCCGUUACUUUCCAAUUAUCUUCAAACUGAUAUUGAUAUUGCAACGAGUGUUCCACAAAUCGAUCUUAUUCUUGGCGAGCAUGAACAUGAAAACUCCUAUAAUUUACGAGGAACUAAAUUUGUACCGAUUGUCAAAGCUGAUAGUAAUGCAUUUACUGUCUAUAUCCAUCGUUGUACUUUUAAUUUGAAUACGAAACAACUUCGCAUUUAUAGUACUUUGACGAAAAUCUCUUCACAAGUAGCAGAACAAGAAAAAACGGCCAAAAUAGCUAAUUGUUAG